AUGAGUGCCAGAUCAGACUCAAGCUCGAGCUUGUCGAGCGUUCCGCCCUCCGAUCCCCUAGUCAUCAAUCCACCAGUCGCCGAUGACAGCGAAGAUGAAGAGGAGGACGAUGAUCUCGAUAUAGAAGGAGACACUACGAUAGGCGGCACUGGGUCGCUCGAAGCACCACCGGGCAUCCCCAAUAGGCUGAUGUCCGAGCUUAGCAUCCAUAAUGACGAGGAAGCCGAGUUGCCUACUGUCGAUCCGCGAGAUAAGGAUGCGUGGGAGGACCAGCCAGAUGAAGACCUCAGCGACGAUGAGGAACUCGAAGAAGAGCAAGGACAGCCAACACUUGAUGCAGCUGAAGAGGAAGCCGAGCCUGAUGAGGACCCUGCCAUCGCUAACGCCACAGAUCUAGCCCACAAGCUCAGACUUCAGAAGGCUAAGCUGAAGAGGUGUAUCUAG